AUGGUGAUAGUUACGAAAUCAAUCUGUGCAUCAAUAGGCGUUGUUCUGAAGAAAGCAAGGAUGACAAAAAAGAGUAAAAGGAAUGUGAAUGUGGACGAUGACGUUGUUCGACUUCCGGCUGGUAGUUUUUCCAAACUCUUGGCUGGUUAUGAUUACGAAGCCAAGGCCAACGAUCCUAUUUUGUUGCAUCCAGCGACAGAGGCUAAGACAUGUGCGGAGUCAUUCAAGGAGGGGUGUCCGAUUAAUCAAAUAAGUGACCUGGUCCAAGAUCAAAAUGGGUUUGCUCAUGGUUCACUGCCUACUGUAACUGGGAAGCUUAGUGAUGUUAGACCACUUUUGCGAGAUAACGUUGAGAACAACCAGAGAGAUGCACAGCAGAAAAGAGAGAAUAAAUUGCAAAAAGGUUAUCAUAUUCCUAUUCAUAAUGACCCUAUCUUCCCACCAACCUCCUUGCAGCUUGAAGUUGUCACUGGCACUGCAAUCAAUUGCAGACAGGACCCAGACAACCAAUUGAAAAAGGAGCAGGACGAUCGUGGUCAGGAAUUUGAUAUGCGUCAAGGACUCAAUGUUGAUCGAGUUCAAUCCUCUUUAUUGAGUGAGAAACCAUGCACUGAAAGACCCAUUUCACUCAACAUAACGACGUAUGCAUUUUCAGUUGGUGUCUCAACUUCUUCACUUUUGUCUGUGGAUAGAAGCAUGGACUCCUGUCAUAGUUCAAUGCAGUCAACGAUCGACAUGGCCCCUUCUCAUGGUUCAGAAUCCAUAAAAGUGGCAAGGAAUUCAAGCUCAAUCCAAGAGCCAAACUCUUCUCUCCAUACGUUGCAAAUAACAUGUCAGCAACCCCUGCAGCUCCAGUGGCUUACAUUUCAAACAACACGCCAGUACUACAUGUGCCUGUUGCACAACCAGAGGUGGUGUUCAGUCCUUUUGUACCUCGUUCACCUGUGCCUGCCGCCAAGUUUGUCCCAUAUGACAACUCAAUAUCUGGGUUUGGUGGCAACGUUGCUCAAUUUUCCCAACCUGUACCUAUUGUUUGGGCAGGUUUCUCUUGAUCGGUUUGAAGUUCUUUGGUUUUUUCUGAGGACUUGGCUCAAGGUACGACAAUCAUCUCACCGAUACCACCUUGCCCUUUGUUGACAGCACAGCCUGUUCAAUAUCGGAAAAGGAACUGCAGCAACACAAGCAUUGCAGCUUUGUGUUCCUCAGCCAUUCAUGGCCAGUGGACACCAACCGCUUGCCGCAGCGCCAAACGUCAUUCCAGCUUUGCAGCCAUCCUUCCCAAUCAACCACCCAAUUGAACUGCCAGAAGCUAAUUCAUUCUUCAACGCCAAGUUCUAAUGAAUUUGCUUCUUUUGUUAAUUCUCCAUGUAGUCAACCCCAAGGUUAUAGCAAAAUUUUGAUCCUCUUAAAAGUUAUUUUCCCAAUUUGUAUUAAUUAUUAGCAUUUUUCUUUUCAUUGGAUUGUUUCCAUUCAAAUCAAGACAUUUUACCUUUGAUUGGUGGAUGGGGCCUGUUAAACUAUGUGUAGGUUGAAUUAAAAUUUGUUUAGGAUAAGCAUUAUUUCUAGGGAGGGAAUGAUUCAUUGUCAUUCAUGAGUUGAUAAAUGUGAUCCCUUGCUACUAUACUGUUCACUGACCAUGUUACUUGCAUUAUGAAUGGUAUAUUAAAUUCAAGCCUGUA